GAGAUGGAUUCAAGUGGAAGCUCAAAUCCUCUCUCUGCUGCUUCCACACAAGCUUCUGGAGAGUCUUCAUCAAGCCAGGGAUCCAAGGGAGAAAUAAGUUACUCAUUUCCAACCUUUAACAAUGUCCCUAAUAAUAAUGCAAACAAAGAAAUAAUCCCUCAGAUUCGUAAUAACACAACUCAAUUCAAGGAAAAAUCAGAGAUUGUGGAAGAGACUCAAACGAAGAGUACUUGUUCUAGUAAUAAGAAACAAGUGAUGGUGGCAAAGAAUAAUAAUAAAGAGAAGAAAAGUGAAAAGAAAAGCAAAGGUGAAAAGAAAACAGUGCCUUCUAUUAGUUGGCCACAUUUAAAAUUACUAGGCUGUUAAUUAAUUAAUGGUUUUAGUUAUUAGACAUUCAUUUGUUGUUUUUCAACUUUUGGUUGAUCAACUACUUUAUAUUAGUAGUAGUACUAUUACUUAAUAAUUAAGCAUGUGAGGUUGGA